CUGUGAUGUUUCGCUCACUCGACGCAAAUACAUGAGCUUCUGAAUUAUCACACCGGAGACAAUGACGGAAAUGUUCAUUCUUCCAGAUGAUCCGCCCGACAUCAAGCCCGACCCGGACUCAUUGACGGCACUGGCCGGCAGCGCCCUGGUCGACAAUCCUCGUGACGUGCUUGAUACCAAGGCUGACAUCAAAACAGAGCCAUGCUUCGGGGACCCUGUUUCUUCCUCACGUGAGAUUGGUGGAGACGCGCUUCAGUCCAGUCCCUGGACUUGCCGAUGCUCCAGGAAAGCACAUCUAGUGCUGUACAGGAGCAGUAGAGAUCAGCGGAGUGAUGAGGAUGGCGUUGGUUCUCAGCAGCCCUGCUGUUUUAAAGCUGAAGAGAACGAAGUGACACUCCGAGACGGCAGUCCAUCCCGCGUGAAGAGUGAAGAGCACCCGACGGUCUCUGCUGUUGACGGCGAGUCCUCGAGCCGGGAAGACGCGUCUGGUUUGCAUGUGCAGAUCUUAAUGAGCCACAAGCCGAUUAUCUGUUCCGUGUGUGGGAAGUCUUUCAAAAAGAGGAGGUACCUGCUGGCACAUGCCCGCACGCACAAAGCCACACAGCCCUUCAGCUGCAACAUCUGCGGCAGGCUGUUUAGUCAUAAGGGCGCGUGGAAUAUGCAUGCCCUCAUCCACACGGGGGAGAGGCCUUUCGUGUGCCGCGUGUGCGGAAAGGCUUUCAACCGCAAGGCGAGCGUAAUCGAUCACACGCGAAUUCACACCGGAGAAAAGCCAUUCGUGUGUGAAGCCUGUGGCAAAGCUUUCCGCACAAGUCGCGACCUGAAUCAUCACGUAAGGAAUCACUCUGGAUUGAAGCCGUUUCGCUGCGACUACUGCUGCCGCCUGUUCAGUCGCUUUGCUGAUAUGGUAGAGCACAGCUGCAUCUACGACGGCGAGAGGCCGUUCAGAUGUGGUCUUUGCGGCAAGUCUUUCCGUGACAGGCAAAGGGUCAAGUUUCACAAACGUAGCCACAUGGUGGAGAAACUUUUCAUUUGCGAUGUUUGUGGAAAGGAGUGCAAGGACAAAAGUGUCUGGAAAGUGCAUGUCCGCACUCACACGGGCGAGAGGCCGUACAGCUGCGGCACGUGCGGCAAGUUCUUCAGCACCACCAGCGCUGUUCGCAAACACAGCAUCAUCCACACCGCGGAGAGACCGUUCAGCUGCGACGUCUGCGGAAAAUCGUUCAACCGUAAAAGCAUCAUGACUGUACAUGCCCGCACCCACACUGGAGAGAAACCGUAUACGUGCAUGGUGUGCUCAAGGUCGUUCAGUACGAAAGGCACGCUGAGCAUGCACGUGUUGACCCACACCGGUGAGAGACGGUACAGCUGCGUCAUCUGUGCGAGGUCGUUUGCCCGGAGGUCAGUAUUUCUCGAACACACCCGCACUGCCAAGCACAGAAUGGGACUGCUAGCAGCGGGCGGUACAAAUGAUGAACAGCAGCAUUAA